UAUUUAACAAAAAAAAAAUCGCUAAUUUCAGCUGAGCUACCAUGUGUAGUAUAUUAAUAUAUUUACAAAAUGUUAUUUAAAUACUUUGUUCCGUGAUAGUGUGGAAGUUGGAACUGAUAAUGAACCGUAAUAAAACAAGGUAAUUGCAAAUACCUAUAUGUCGUAUCGUAUCGUGUCGACGUUAAUCAAUAUUUUCUGUUUUUAACUUAGUAUUUAUUAAACUGAAACAAAAUAAAUAUGUUGGAGCCCUGGAAUAAUAGAGCUAUAUUGCCUCCUCCAAUUAACACUUUUUUAUGCAAGAAUAACAAAGAUAUAAGAAGCCUUAGAUAUAAUACUAACAACAUCAUUCAAGUCUUAACCAAACAAUCGCCUUUACAUCAAGAAAGUGCGGUGUGUUCCCGCUUUUUAUAUAAGUUUGAUAAAAAAUUUCGAAAUGAUAUAGGAUAUCGUAGCUUUAAAAAAGUAAACAGUGCAUUAAAAAAGUAUUUAUCAUUGAAUCUUUUGAAAGACAUCCAAAGAUUUGUGUCUCUUUUACCUAAUAAAGAUGAUGAACUUUAUCUUCCUACAAGACAGAUGAUGGAGUAUGUUUUAGUUAGAAUCAUGUCUUUUUCUAAACUGAUGUUAAGAAUAGUUAUAUGUGCUAAGCAGGCUGCUGUUUUUUAUUUAGAUAGAAUAAAGAGAGGGGAAAGCCAUUGGAUGUGUCUCAUGCCAUAUGCUUUACUUAGUCGUAUCUGGUCAAUGGCCCAAGUAUUGCUGCAGCACUCAUGCAAUUGGUAUAACCAAUUACAUCCUCUUUUAAAGAUACUAGAACCCAAGGGUUUGAAUUUUUUACCUCCAGACUAUAAAAUGCCAGAUGAUCUGGAACUAUGGUGUGAUUUGAAGAACUUAAAUGAAUAUGGCAAUUUUGAAUGGACACAUAAAAUUAAAAUAAAAGUGGAACCAAUGAUUCUUGAUGAAUCGGAUGGUGAUGGUAACUUUUGUGACAGUAUUUUUGAGUUGGCAAAUCAGAUAAAUGAAAAAACUGUAGUUCCAGAGGAUGUUAAUUUUACCAUCACUACCAUAAAGGAAACACCAAAUGAAACCAAUAUAUAUUCUCAAGAUAAUGAUAUAGGUGUACCUGUUUCACGGGAAAAUAUCCAAACAAAUGUUAAAAUUGUAUCUAGAGAAAUAUCCCAAGCAAUUCUAGAAGCACAGGUGAAAGAAACUGUUAUGGCAGAAGAUAUAUGUGUUUUAGAAAAGAGAGAAUCUAAACAUAUUACUUACAUUCAUUCAAUUGACAAUGUAAGUAACAACAACAGUUUAAAAGAAUUUAUUGACAUUGAGGAAAAAUAUAGAAAUAAAAAUAAGGACAAAGCUCUAACUGGACACCUUUCAGUAAUGCAGUGGCUUACAUUAAAAUCAUCAUUAUUAAAACUAACAGAAGAUGGAUGUUUACCUAGAAAGCUUAUUAGAAAAAUACAAAAGAUAUGGCAUGAAAAAUGUCUCUAUUAUAAAUAAAACACUUUUUAACAUU